UCAGUCGGCUUUGAAAAGGACGCGGGGUCGGACGCUCGCGUCUCUCUGGCCGCGAAAAUUUUACGUGUGUACGCGAUGCUGAGCUGACGCUAGGGGUCAAUCCGACGCCCUCGAAUCACGAGGAAGCUUCUACUCUCUUCUUCUCUUCUAUUCAAUCUUUUUUUUCUUUUUUUUUACGUUAAUAAUCGGGAUCGAUCGGUUAGAGUCGGAAGAGAUCGAGAAGUAAGAAAGACAACGUGCGUGCGUGCGUCGUGCGUGCGUGCGCGCGCGCGCGCUCGCGCGCUCUCUCUCAUCAGGAAAGAAAGACGGAGAACACUCCUCCCGAGCAGUCUCUCGCGACGGUGUCAAGGUAACAGCCGGCGGAAACAGGUGGUGAGCUAUAAGCCGGUCUCGCGUCGCUUCCUCGUCGUUCACCUCGUCGUUAUCGUCGCGUUAUCGGGCUCCGAAAGGAGGAGGGUCUCUUCCUCCGGAGAGGAGGACGCUCGCAAGGUCGCUCAAGUCGAUCGAUUGAUCGAUCGCGUCCGAGCGUUUAUCGAGAGAGAUACGGCGAUUACGCCGUAGGAGCAAUCGAACGAGAUGAGACCCGACGAGGUGAUACAGACAGAGCGGAGGGCGGCAGAGACUAUGUCGGAGACGUCGGAGGGUACCGCGACGAGUAGCAUCUCCGGCAAGUCCGGUUUCGAGAGUCGCGAAGAACUCCGAGAUCUUGCGGCCGUUCUUGGGAUCGCUAAUCCGGAAGAUCUACAUCAGGAUCGUUUCCGCGUUGAUCGACGAAAAUUAGAACAAAUGUUACAGGGUGACAAUGAUAUGCCGAAAGCAGCGGAUACGUUUUUUCACAGUGUUAUGGAGGAAACGAAUACCUUUGUAAUGUGGCCGUCGCGUUUGAAGAUCGGUGCAAAAUCGAAAAAAGAUCCACACAUAAAGGUCGCAGGUCGUCCAGAUGACGUGCGAACAGCUAAGGAAAAGAUAAUGGAGAUUCUAGACACUAGGCAAAACAAUAUAGUGACCAUGAAAAUGGAUGUCAGUUAUACCGACCAUUCACACAUUAUCGGAAAGGGUGGACUGACGAUUAAACGAGUGAUGGAGGAAACUGGAUGCCACAUUCAUUUCCCAGAUAGUAACCGCAGUAAUCAUCAAGAGAAGAGCAAUCAAGUUUCCAUUGCUGGAGAAAUCGAUGGCAUUGAGCGUGCCCGUGCACGAGUUAGGAAUCUUACGCCGUUGAUAUUUUCUUUUGAAUUGCCAAUAAUGGGAGCAUCACAACGUACUCCGGACGCGACUUCGCCUUACGUAGUAAAAAUACAAGAGAAAUACAACGUUCAAGUGAUGCUACGUACCAGACCGAAAUUGCACGCCACGUUGGUUCUCGUCAAGGGUUGCGAGUGGGAAGUUUCGCAAGUAAAGGAGGCGACCGUACUCUUGAUUCACUAUAUGUGCGAAAACUUAGCUAGUCAAAUUCAAGUACAAAUGUCGAUGGAGAUAUCGCCGCAUCAUCACAGCAUUGUUCUUGGUAAAUCAAGUAGCAAUCUUAAGAUGAUAAUGCAGAGAACAUCGACACAAAUCAUGUUUCCCGAUGCCAGCGAUCCGAAUAUUCCUAGUUUGAAAAAGAGCAAUGUUACUAUUAUCGGUGGUAUUCAUAAUGUUUAUUUGGCCCGGCAACAAUUGGUCGGAUCUUUACCGCUAGUACUCAUGUUCGAUGUCCCUAAGGAUUACAUGUCGUCGAUCGAUACAGAAACAAUUUCACAAUUGAUGCAAUCCCUCGACGUGUUCAUAAACGUGAGGCACAAGCCAAAGCAAAGUACAUUUUCCGUGAUUAUCAAGGGAAUCGAAAGAAAUGCCAGCAACAUUUACGAAGCCAGAAAACAACUUCUUGGCUUGGAGGAGCCAAGAGUUAAUGCUGAAAUACCAACCACUUAUCACAUUCCAAAUGCUGGCAAUAUUUUUCAAGGAAACGCCACGAAUGGUAACGGUACAAAUGCUAUCAAUUGUGGUAUACCGGAGAGUUUGUCGAACAUGUUGACCGUGAACACACAGAAUUUACCAUGCUGUGUUUCUCCAAUGUCACAUUCACCUAAUCCAAUGGGACUUUCGCCACAUUGGAGUUUACCACCGAUUCCGUCCAUGUUUUCAUCGUUACCAAUUCAUCAUCCAUAUCCUUACGGGCAUUUAAAUCACCUGUUAACGACGCAGCACAUGAUGCACAACAACAUGAUGGCCCAUUCUCACGGAAUAUCGAAUCAUAUCCUGAAUGAUAUUGGACAAAUUCAUCCUACUUUAUCGACAGGCUUGCAUGGAAUUCAUGGAAUGGCAAAUAGUUUGUCGGAUAGCAAGGAAGGCAGUGCUUAUUCCUCAUUGAGCAGCGUUUCAAGCUCUUUGUCUAGUCCAGCUAUUAGCCCUAGAAAUUUAUCACCGGUGAAUCCAACAGUGACUAAUCCUAAUUUAGACUUGUCGAGUAUGCUAUCAGAUCUCUCGGUGUCCGAUCGUCGAGCACCAGGCUGUGAAAAGAAAUCGUUAGAGAUGGCUGCCCAACAGAAUCUUACGCCUUCCGAUUACGAGCAGAAGAAGAUGAUGGCCGUUCUAGCUGUACAAAAUAAACCAAACACUUCGGAGUAUCGAGUACCAACGUCGACUUGGUCAGGUUAUGGUCUGAGUCAGACUAUUGCUCCGUUAUCAUCGACUGAACUGAACAAGGAGUUGUCUUCGUCUGAUCCAUUCUACUUAUGGGAAGAACCAAUGACACCUGUGUUAAAUACAAACAUGGACUUUGGUAUCGGCUCGAGUAAAGAUCGGAUUGGUCAAAUCGGUUCUACUUCGAAUUACAUGGAUCACACACCGACCUCGCAUUUAAAAAAGAUAACAUCCCAACGAUAUACCGAUCUUGCUAGUAUGUUAACAAGCGUUGGCCUUGAGAAAUAUAAUCGCCUGUUCACGUCGCACGAAGUGGACAUGGCUACGUUUCCAUCACUGACGGAAAAGGACCUCUGCGAGAUCGGAAUAAGUGCUUGGGGUGCAAGACGUAAAAUAAUGCUAUUGAUUUCGGAAAUGAACAAACGAAGUAAUCCAUUUAGCGGUAGCGCUGCACCAGGUGCAGAACGAAAAGCAACCGCAUCGACAGCGGCGGCAUCCACGUCUCUCGAGAAAUGCACGCUCGAUACCAAAUGGUAAAGGAAGAUGCAACAAAUGAAGUAUAUAAAUGAAAGGAAAAAAAAAAAGAAAAAAGAAAAAAAAAUGAAAGAAAGAAGGAAAGAAAACAAAACUAUGUAACACAGGUAAUACAAGUAACGCGGACGUCAUACGUAAACGAUAAUAAUCGUAUGCGUCGAGAAAACGACCCGGAAUUAUGAGACAGGGUAAAAAUCAAAUAGGGAAAAAGAAAUAGAAUAUAUAUAUAAUGAAAGAAACAGAAUAAUAAUAUUGCAAAUUCGAACAUAGAAGUGAAAAUAUUUACGAGAAAAAAUUCAAUUCGAACGGACAUGAUUCGUCGUUAUUUGAAUUACAACGAUGGGGAUUAAAUUCGAUCAUGUUAGGUAUCCUCCUAGUUCGUGAAAUGAUAUAAUUUCAAGAAGACGAAUCUAUCCGACUCGGCGGAGAAGAGCACUCUGACCGAAAGUAGUUACGAAGAAAAAGAAAAGAAAAGAAAGAAAGAACGGGGAUUGAAAAAUACGAAACGAAAACAAAAGUUAUAUAACAAGAAUAAUAAUAAUAAUAAUAGUAAUAAUAAUAUUAAUAUUAAUAUCGUCGAAACGACUCAACGAACUUGACAACGAGUAUAGAAAGGAAAAAGAAAAGAAAUGAAAAGAAAAGAAAAGAAAAAAGAAAAAAAAAAUAAAUCAUUUUGCAUGUUUAUUGUAAUUUCGUAUUUCGUCUAAAUGGUACCGGGAGAAUAGGCUGAUGAUUUAUUAUUUUUGCGUGCCCGAGAGAAAUGUUUUGGCCAGAAAAAAAGUCCUCUGAAGAAGAAGAAAAAAAAAAAUUAUCCCUACGCCCCCUAAAAAAAAAAAAAAAAAAAAAAAAAAAAACAAACAAACAAACAAACAAAAAAAAACCAAAAAAAAUAACCCCUUCUCCCCCACACUCUCCACCUCCCCUCGUACAACUCAAUUCACCCAUUCCUCUCACCUUUCCUCCCGCCUUCUUUAUUUUGCUUUUUUUUUUCUCGCCAUUUUCUCGGAGCACGUGCCCCGACGGUGCCUCUUUAGGAUUAGGUAGAUGAAAUGAUCGUUAUAUAAUAAUUUUUUUUUUUUGUUUAAUUCACUAUUAUCUUAUUUUCUCCUUUUUUUUUUUUUUUGGUUGUUAUUGGCAGUCUCCGUCGAA